GUAAUUUACCGGAAGUCGUCUGAAGUGAUAUGACGAAUUUAUUCUGCGACAGCGAAGUAAUCAUAAGAAGUUAGCCAGUAAGCUCAACCGCCUUGUUAUUUCCCUGUCUGCAAACAGUUUCCUCAUCUCAAGCUGGUCCCACCCACAGGAUGAUUGACACAGAGAGGGGAGUCGGGGAUGCUGGUACAUCACAACCCAGCAGUAAGAACAAGGAGCUGGAAAAGAAGAAGAGAUCUCGUGUCAAACAGCUGCUGGGUGACGUGAAGAAGCAGGUGGAGUUCUGGUUCGGCGACGUCAACCUUCACAAGGACCGCUUUCUCAAAAAAAUAAUCGACGAGUCAGAGGAUGGAUAUGUUGAUAUAUGUGUGUUGGCGAGCUUCAAUCGAAUGAAGAAGCUGACGAGUGACACCAAGCUGAUUGCAAGAGCGGUGAAGAAUUCAUCUGUAGUCGAGGUUAACUUCGAGGGGAAUAAAUUAAGACGUCAGCUUCCGAUUGGAGACUUACCAAGUAAUGUCGACAGCCGCAUAGUCUAUGUGGAACUUUUGCCCAAAGAUGUGACGCACAGCUGGAUCGAGAGAGCGUUCACAAAAUGCGGGAAUGUGGUUUAUGUGAGCAUCCCCAGAUACAAGUCCUCCGGAGACCCCAAGGGUUUCGCCUUUGUAGAGUUUGAGACGGAGGAACAAGCGCAGAACGCCAUCGAGAUGCUCAACAACCCCCCUGAAGACGCUCCCAGGAAGCCGGGGAUUUUCCCCAAGACGAAGAGCGGGAAGCCCGUCACUCUGCCAGCUGACAAUCUGCCAUCAGGUGAAGAAGAGGAGAAGAAAAAGCGAAAGAAGAAGAAGAAGAAGGAAGGUGCCACAGUGGAGACGGCUGCUGAGGAAGCCAAAGAGCAGGCGAUGGAAGCUGAGCCGUCAGAGCAAAAGAGGAGGCGCUCGGCAGGGGGGGAUUUAAAAUCUGAGGACGGCGGCACUCAGAAGACACCGGAGAAAAAAAGGCGGCGGUCGCAGACUGCAGAGGGACACGACGGUGAAUUACCAUCUAAGAUGAGGAAGACGAGUAGAAGUGAAGGAGAGAAGGAGAAAGAUGGAACGAAGACGAAUCCAGCCACUAAAAGUGAUGCAGAGAGAGCUGUUGAGGAAGGGAAAGAAAACAGAGAUGAUUCAACAGUCAAAGCAAAGAGGAAGAGAAAUAAAAAACACAAAGAGAAACUGAAGAUGGAGGAAGAAGUCAUCCCACUCCGGGUUCUAUCAAAGAAAGAGUGGCUGCAGCUGAAGGACGAGUAUAUGACCCUGCAGAAGCGUAGCAUGGAGUCCCUGAAGAAGUGCAUUAAUAAGAUUGGUCACAAGAGACACAAGAGUCAGAUGGAGACGGGCGAUGAUCCUCAACACGGAAGCGUUGAGAAAAGCAUCAAAAGUGAGAAAGUGACCAAUCACGGCCCGCAGUACACCAGCGGGGUCAUCAUGAAGAUCACCGACAACAAGCCGCUUCCAGCGAGGAAGUUCAUCAAGGACGCUCUGAGCAAAAUAUCCCCAGUGGCGUACGUCGACACGUUGGAAGGAGACUCUGAGGGUCACGUCCGCUUUCACACCCCGGAGGAAGCUAAAGCCGUGAGUGACGUGAGCGCGGAGCUGCAGAAGGAGCACAGCUGGAAGAUGGAGAUUCUCGCAGGUGACCAUGAGCAAAGGUACUGGCAGAAGAUUCUAGUGGACCGCCAAGUCAAGCUGAAUCGCCCGAGGGAAAAGAAGCGCGGCACGGAGAAGCUCAUAUCCAAAGCCGAGAAAAUCAUCCUGGCCCGAGCCAAGGAGGCGACCAAACACAUCCGUUUCCAAGAAGACUGACAGCCGCUGUCGUGGGAUGGACUUCACACGAUGAGUGAAGCGGGACGGUCGACGUUAAAACCAACCGGCUGGAAGAGAACGGGAAGUCGAACGAAACGACUUGAAAUGUCUUUAUUUGUGUUUGCCCCGGAGGAUCAGUGGACGCUGAGAGACGUUUGCCAACAUUCUUUUAAUCCAUAGCUUUUUAACUUUUUUUUAGAAAGCUUCUGUACAUGAUGUAAAUAUGAUUGAUUUGAAAGUUCAGUUCAGACGUAAACAAGUCGUGGCUUUUUCCUUUGGAGGAUAUUUGACUUUUUGUUUUUUUUAAUAAAAUGUCAUUAUUUGAUCAAUA